CAGACUCCCCUCCCCCCAGGGCCCCAGGAGGGCCCCCAGGCUUUGUUCUCCCCACCCUCCAGCCUGGAGUCUGGACUUCGGGAGGCCUUCUUCUGGAAGGGGACCCCCAGGUUGUCUGUCCGCCCCCCCAGUCCCCCAGUUAUUGUUCUCUUCACACUCAGGUCUUGGGAUUCUGCAAGUCCAGGAGUCCACCUGCUCCAGGAACUCAGGAAAGACCCUCCCCCCCAAAAAGAUGGGAAUUCUGGAGGCAAUUUAAGUCUCCCUGCCCUUCAGGAAUUUAGGAGCAGGCAUUGUUCCCCACACCUCCAAAUCUGGGGUCUGGGUUGAAGAGGUGAUCUGGGACCUCGGCCCACUCCCUGCUAUGGGGUUAUGGCUCAGGAUGCUCCUCCCCAGAAGGGGCCCCAGAGGUUCCCUUGUCUUCCCCGGAAAAGAUCUAUUUGUCAUUCCCCACACGCAGUGUCCAGCCCUGGGGUGGGUGGCCCAAGGCAUGGCCUCCCCAUCAGGUAAUCCUGAGCGCCUCCUGCUUCCCAAAGGCCUCCCAGCUACUGUUUCUCCAGCCCUCUCCUGGCCUCCCACCAUGGGGCUGGAACUCAGGAUCUUCCCUCCAGGAGGGAACAGAAGCAUCCGACACCUAUCCUCAUACCUCAGCCAUGGGCUCAGUGGCGCAGGAGUCUCCCUUCUGAGGAGAUGGUCCAGGGGUGCCCAGUAACCCAGCAGGGUCCCUGGGUAUUAUUUUCACCCACUCUCAGUCAGGGGUAAAAAUUCAGGAUCUUCUGUCCUUGGUGAAACAGACAUAAUGGUGCUCGUCGCCACCCUCCUGGCUAUGGAGGCCAUGGGUCUCCCUGCACCCCCUCACCACCGGCCCCCACAAAUUAUUUCCCCACCCUUCCUCUCUAGCUUUAAGAACUGGCAUUUGGGAACACAGAUGUUAAAACAGUUAUUCCAACCCAUGAACUGUGCGCUCUGGCAUUUGGGCCGUCUCUUCCCCAGGAAGCAAGCCAGGGGACUGUCUCUGCUCCACAGGACCCCUGUUUCCCACAGAGGAGGAGCCCAGCAUGGAAAAAGGGGCAGAACCAUGGAGUUGGAUCCUGCCCCGGAAGCAGCUGGCACUUCCACACCCGGGAUGCGGCGCUCAGUCCUGGUAAGAAACCCAGGCCACAAAGGCCUGAGGCCCACCUAUGAAGAACUUGACUCUGACUCAGAAGACCUGGACCCCAAUCGUGAAGAGGUGGACCCAGUUUCUGAAGAUCUAGAGCCUGAGCAAGAAGACCUCAACACUGUCUCUGAAGAUGUGGACCCCAGUUAUGAAGAUCUGGAUCCUGUUUCUGAGGAUCUGGACCCAGAUGCAGGAGCUCCAGGCUCCAUCUCGGGGACCCGUGACUCGGAUCCCCAAGAUCUCGACCCCAUGUCAUCGAGUUUUGACCUAGAUCCAGAUGUCAUCGGUCCUGUCCCCCUGGUUCUCGACCCCAACAGUGACACCCUCAGCCCCGACACUGCCCCAGAUCUGGACCCCCUCUCAUCUGAUCUCACUGCCACCCCUGAGGUCCUGGCCACCAGCCCCCCCGUGCUUCCUGCUCCCGCCAGCCCUCCCCGACCCUUCUCCUGCCCUGAUUGUGGGCGCGCUUUCCGCCGCAGCUCGGGGCUGAGCCAGCACCGACGCACCCACAGCGGCGAGAAGCCAUACCGCUGCCCCGAUUGCGGCAAGUCCUUCAGCCACGGGGCCACGCUGGCCCAGCACCGCGGCAUCCACACAGGUGCGCGACCCUAUCAGUGCGCGGCCUGUGGCAAGGCCUUCGGCUGGCGCUCCACACUGCUGAAGCACCGCAGCAGCCACAGCGGCGAGAAGCCGCACCACUGCCCGGUGUGCGGCAAGGCCUUUGGGCAUGGCUCCCUGUUGGCGCAGCAUCUGCGCACGCAUGGCGGCCCACGGCCACACAAGUGCCCGGUGUGCGCCAAGGGCUUUGGGCAGGGCUCAGCGCUGCUGAAGCAUCUGCGCACACACACCGGUGAGCGACCCUACCCGUGCCCACAGUGCGGUAAGGCCUUCGGGCAGAGCUCGGCGCUGCUGCAGCACCAGCGCACACACACUGCGGAGCGCCCCUACCGCUGCCCCCACUGCGGCAAGGCCUUCGGCCAGAGCUCCAACUUACAGCACCACCUGCGCAUCCACACUGGCGAGCGACCUUACGCCUGCCCCCACUGCUCUAAGGCCUUUGGGCAGAGCUCAGCGCUGCUGCAGCACCUGCAUGUGCAUUCCGGGGAGCGCCCCUAUCGCUGCCAGCUGUGUGGCAAGGCCUUCGGCCAAGCCUCCAGCCUCACCAAGCACAAGCGGGUGCAUGAAGGUGCAGCUGCUGCUGCGGCUGCAGCCGCUGCAGCUGCAGCCGGCCUGGGCCUCAGCCCUGCCUCAAUGCUGAGGCCAGGGCAGGUCUCCCUCCUGGGUCCUGAUGCGACAUCUGUGCUUGGCUCUGGCCUGGCCCGCAGCCCUGGCUCUAGCUCUGGCCUUGGUUCUGACCCCAGCUCUGUUCUGGGCUCCCACCCCAAUGUCAGCCUCAAACCCACCCCUGGCUCUGGGUCUGCCCCUACCCCUCAGGCUCUCAAGUCCUCUGACCCUGUGCCUGGUGGUGAUACCAGUCCUGACCUUGAGACCAGCCCAGUCCAUGGAUCUAGCCCCAGCCCUGAUGCAAAUCCUGUGCCCAGCCCGGACCCCAACCCUAAGUCCUGCCCUGACCCCGGUUCUCCCACCCAUGACACUGUCAGACCAGCCCUCCCUACUGGCGAGAGUUCCGAGUGGGUGCAGCAGCAAGGGGCACUCCUAGGGCCUGAUGGCUGAAGGGGACUCUGGCACCCGUGGGGGUCUGGGGAAGUUGUGUGUUGUGCAGUUAGUAAAAUCUUCCCACUGCCUCCUGGUUCUGUGUUGUGGUUCACCUGUUUCUCUUUCUCCCUCAACGUACAGCCUGCGCCACUCAUACACCUGGUACCUCAGUAUCCUCACUUCCACUCGCAGGAUGCCCUCCAGGCCUCCCCCUGCCCCAGGGUUCACACUGUUCCAUCCUGGUAGUCAUCACUCCCUGGUCCCCACUCCUAGCGGCCUCCUCAGGCAUGACCACCGUAGUCAGGCAGCCUUCCCCGCAGGUGGUCUGAGCAGGAUUCCUGGCCUUUGACUUUUCCAUGUAUGGUGAAAUUCUGGCAUCUUGACAGAGGAGCUGAUAACGAGACCAUAUGGGUGCCCCUGUCUGUUCCCCUAACUUGCCCCUAGCUCUUCGAAGCCCACUAAGCAUAUCACUAGACAAAGGAGUUUGCUCAUUAUGCAUUCAACAGAUCUGUUGAUUGCCAUUGUUUAAGCAGAGCUCAAAUUCAGAAAUACCAAAUUCAGAAAUAUUUUAAAAAGUAAUUACAGGGUAUUUUUAGUGCAUUCUAGAAGCAGCAUAUAAGACAUCUGAUUUAAAUGGCAGACAGUUUACCACAAGGGAGGAUUUUAUAAUCACAAUAACCACUUAUUUAAAAAUCAGUACUUCUUGCCCAAUUUUGCACUAUGCUGCUGCAUUUUCUCAUUUAAUUCUCUGAACAGUUCCAUAAGGCAGGUAACAGUGCUUCAGAAGACUCUUAAAAUGUGCAAACUGAGGAGUUUGAAGGGAUUCUUUGGAAGAUGUAGAAUGGUGGCUGGCAGCACCUGAAUUGUCUGCCCUCCAGAGUCUGCAGCUCUUAGCCACAAGUCUCCAGAGCAGGAAUGCACGAGGCCCUGGGGCCACUGAGAGAUGAGCUGGGGAUGGAGGGGGCAGACUGAAGAGCCUCAGUAGGCUGCAGCGGGGAGGUUCCUCCUCACACCAGCACAAUGGGAAGUCACUGGCAGGUUCUGGCAAAGGCCUGAUGGGAAUCAUGCUCUGAAGAUGCUUCUGGCUGCUGGGUUGGAAGUGGGAGUUUAAGAUCAGGGAGCUGUUUGCUUCAGCGAUCCAGGCCUGGAAUGUUGGACCACGGGUUCUGAUCCUGCCUCAGUUCUUUUUCCCAGAGUGGGGGACAAGUGGUCCUAUUUGGGAUAGAAUAGGAGAUGAAAUAGGAUUUGGUGAUAGUUCAGAUGAGAGAGGCAGAACGGGAGAGAGCUGAGAGUAAGCCCCAGGUUUCUA